AUGUUGGCGAGUAAACGUUUGCUCUACUGUUUGAAACAUAGAGGUCCGUGGACGUGUUUGCGCAAGAACGUCACAAAAUGGUCACCUGUUGGGGCAGCUUUCAAUGGCAAACCCCACACCAGACUGGAAAUGUUUGAGAAAAGUGUGGGUUUGUUUGGUGUGCCAGAGCUGAGUUCACCAGCAGGAUUUCAGGUGGCAACACAGACGGCUCUAAAGAACACACAGCUACUGGUUGAAAAGGUCUGUUCCUCUACUCCAGGGGUGGAGACUGUCACAGCUUUUGAUCAGCUCUCAGAUGGCCUUUGCAAAGUGGCAGACCUGGCGGAUUUUGUUAAAGUGGCACAUCCGGAUCCCAAGUAUCGCGAGGCGGCAGAGAAGACCUGCAUUGAUAUAGGCACCGUUGUCGAGAAAUUGAACACCAAUGUGAAGCUAUGCAAGAGUUUAAAAAAACUGCUGGACAACCCAGACCUUUUGGCUCAGUUGGACCCAGAUACAAGGAGAGUCGCAGAGUUAUUCAUGUUUGACUUCGAAAUCAGCGGGAUUCAUCUGGAUGAUAAACUGAGGAAAGAAGCGGUAGCUCUCCACGUAAAGCUUUUGGAUUUAAACAAUGAAUUCCUGGUUGGCUCUCACAUGCCUAACAGAAUCGCAAGAUCUGCUAUUCCCGAACAUCUUCAAUUGCACUUUGCCAGCUCAGGAAGUUUCUUAGAAGUUGGGGGAUUACACGCAGACUCACCGGAUGAUCUGGUACGUGAAAUAGCCUACAGGAUUUACCUAUAUCCUAACGCAGAUCUGAUGGAGUGUCUGGAGGAGCUUUUGAGAUGCAGACACAAGUUGGCCACACUGGUGGGAUAUGAGUCCUAUGGCCACAGAGCAUUAAAGGGAACGAUGGCAACCACACCAGAAACGGUGAUGAGGUUUCUUCAGCUGUUAACAGACCAGCUGUCAGACAGAACAGAAAAGGACUUCAAGAUGAUGAGCAACAUGAAGAAAAAACUUAACCCUCGGAAUUCUGAGCUUAUGCCGUGGGAUCAUCCUUUCCUCAGUGGAGUUUUGCGUGCUGAAAGGUACAACAUUGAACCCAGUCUGUACAGUCCCUACUUUUCUCUGGGGGCCUGCAUGGAAGGUUUGAAUAUCCUCUUCUCUCGGCUUUAUGGUGUUUCCCUCAUGUCUGAGCACCCGAGUGCUGGGGAGGUGUGGAGUGAUGACGUGCGCAAAUUGGCUGUGGUUCAUGAAACAGAGGGGUUACUUGGAUAUAUCUACUGUGACUUUUUCCAACGGCAAGACAAACCUCAUCAGGACUGUCACUUCACCAUCCGUGGUGGUCGGUGGUGCCAGGAAACUGGUACAUAUCAGCUACCUGUUGUGGUUUUGAUGCUGAGCCUGCCCCACCCCACCAGAAGUGCACCUACCUUGCUUUCCCCUGGAAUGAUGGAGAAUCUCUUCCAUGAGAUGGGCCACGCCAUGCAUUCAAUGCUGGGACGCACUCGUUACCAGCAUGUUACUGGAACUAGGUGUGCAACAGAUUUUGCAGAAGUUCCCUCUAUUCUUAUGGAGUACUUUGCCUCCGACUAUCGAGUCGUCAGCCAGUUUGCACGUCAUUAUGAAACUGGACAGCCUCUGCCAGAGAGCAUGGUGACCCGCCUAUGUGAAUCCAAGAAGGUGUGCGGCGCUGCAGACACCCAACUUCAGAUUUUCUAUGCAGCGUUGGACCAGAUUUACCAUGGCAAACCCCAAAAUCACACUACCACUGAAAUCCUGCAGGAGAUGCAGCAAAGGUUCUACGGCUUGCCUUAUACACCUAAUACAGCGUGGCAGCUGAGAUUUAGCCAUCUUAUUGGUUAUGGAGCCAAAUACUAUUCUUACCUCAUGUCCCGAGCGGUGGCCUCCAUGGUGUGGAAGCAGUGCUUCUUCCAGGAUCCUUUAAAUCGGGACAUGGGUGAGCGUUACCGCCGAGAGAUGCUAGCCCAUGGAGGAGCUAAAGAGCCCAUGUUGAUGGUAGAAGGUAUGCUUCAUAGGCGACCCACCAUAGAGGACUUUGUGGAGGCACUGGUGUCAGAGCUACAGCCAAACUUUGAAACAUUCAUCAUGGACUCUGAGAGUUGA